AUGUUUAGAAAUUAUUUGAAUCUUCCUGAAAUCUUAACUCAAGUGUACUUGAACAAAUAUGCUAUCUUGCUAAUACUAAUCCUUAUCAAAUUGAUACUAUUGGAAACUUCCAUCUUAGAUAAUCUUAACCUGGUAUUAUUGGACAAUUCAAUUUGUGACAAUGGCGAAAUUCAGCCUGUGUUGAACACUGUUCAUUAUAUGAUUGUCGAUAGUUUGCAAACAUUAGAGGCCGCGGGUAUAGUAUCAAUAAUUUUAACACUCAAAGUUAUUAAACAAUUAGCGUUGUUUUUCAUCGAAUUGUUUUUUGGGACGUAUAUUUGUUUACUAAAUGCAGCUUUAAAGGGGUCAACAGAGGUAGCUCUUGAUGCAAGCGAAGGUGUUAUUCGAGCUGUUAAUGCUACUGUGGUAUCGGCAACAAAUGACAUUGAGAGCGCUCUAAAGGGUCUUUCCCUGAUUAUUAAUGAUUUGGUGACUGGAUUUAAUGCCAUAAAGAAUAUGUUCACUGGAUCCAAGUCAGACCCAACUCAGUAUCAAAAUAAAAUCAAUAUUACUUUAGGAGAUUUAAAGAGUAAAAUCAUGAUCCCUAGUGAAGUUUUAACCAAACUUGAUAAUUUCAAAAAUUCUAGUUUGUAUGGGUUAUCACAAUUAGGUAAUGGUACUCAAACCAUAGUGUCUACCCCUUUUGAAUUGGCCAUUAAGAAAUUAAACACCAUGAAACUGAGUUAUAACUUUACCACAGGUGCACCAAGUCCCAUCAAUUUCCGUGAAGAGUGUUUGAAAGAUAUGAGUAAAUUAAAGGAUGUACAAACCGACUUAGCAAAGUUAGUUGAAAAAAUUAGCAAAUGGCUUUUUAUUGGUUUAGUGCUUGCUAUGGUGGGCUCCAUCUUGUAUGUGAGUUAUAUCCAAUGGAGACAUUGGAGACGAAUGGACAAAUUUAUCAGUGAAACGGGUAUAGACAAAGAAGUACAAUUUCGCAACCAAUAUAAUAUUUACAACAACUUUUUGAUAUAUACAAUAGUGAAACGCAUGGGAAUAGAACUUAAUGAAAGAACAAUUUGGAUGUUGAGCUUCAUGUUUAGUAAGAUUUCCAGGAAUGUGUUCUUUUUUGGAAUAAUGGGAGUUGUUUCAGUAGUGGCACAAUAUAUUCUACUAAAUUCAGUUCAAUCAUCUAUGAAUAAUCAUAUCAAGUCGUUUGAUAUUACAAGCAACAGUACCUCCAUGUCAGCAUCUACAAUUUAUCUUCGUGAUAUGAACACUUACAUUGAUGAUACACAAGACAAGCUAAAUCAAGAGUUAUUCAGUGGUAUAAAAGAAAUAUCGGUGUCGUUAAACUCGACAAUUGUAGAGUUCUUGGAUAAGCUUAAUGAAACACUAUCUGAUAUAUUUGGGAGUACACCACUAGCAGGACCAAUAAACACGGUUGUCUACUGUACAAUUGGAAGAAAACUAGAAAAGGUUGAAAAGGGUUUAACCUGGAUGAAUGAUAACUUAAAUAUCAACAUACCUUCUAUUAGCAGAGAUAUUGAAGAUGGUUUAUCUCACAUGACAUUUUUACAACCGCAAUCAGUUUUAGCAAGAGCAAAUAAAAUUAUAGAUUUAUACCGAAAAUCUAUAUUGUUAGAGUUAUACAUAAGUCUAGGACUUCUUGGUGUUUGGUUAUUUCAAAUUUUUGUUGGGAGUGCUACACUUACUAUUCGGUAUUGGAAUAGUACCAGACAGGGAAACAAUUCUUACGCCAUUAGUAGCCCACAUGAAUUGUCAGAACAGGAGAAACAAGUAUAUGGCUAUCCUUUGUCACAUCCUUUGAUUGACGGCAAAGACUUAACUACAUCGUCAAGCUUCUAUCCGACUACAGAGGAGAAACUGAAAUAA